AUGGACUUAAAAAAAAGAAUUAAAAAAUUAUCAAGCUUAAAUACAGCAAGCACUUUAUCAGCAGAUGAUAAAAGAAAAAUUUUUAAAAAUAAUGGGAGUAAAAAAAAUUUAAGACAUACUAGUUUUGAAAGUUCAUUUAAUAUUCCACCUGUUUUUCCAAAGUCAUGCUCUUUAUUUGAUUCCCAUUAUCAUGGAGGUGCCUAUGCUGACAGUGAGAUGGAUAAUAAGAUUUUAUUAGCUAUUAAAUUAAGAAAAUCAACAAAUGAAAGUUUUGUUUCUAAUUCUGAUAAUGAACAAAUUUCACCAUCAGGUUCAAUUUGUUCAACCAACUCUGGUACCACUAAUGACUCAGCAUUUGAAGUAGAAAAUCAUAAAUGUGACUUAAAUGAUACUUACAAUUUCUUAGUCAAUGAUAAAAGAAAAAAUUCUGAUAGUAAAAUAGAUGUUAAAAAAGAUUCUAUGCCAUUUUAUAAGGGAAAAAAUUUUUCAUCUGAAAAAUUAGGUUUGAGAAUUGGUAGAAGAAAUACUGAUUCUCAAAUACAUAUAAUACCAUCCUUAUCUGAUUAUAAUCCUAGAGAGUGGGGCAUGAAACCAUUAAAGAAAAAGAGUACAUUCAAAAAAAGUUUUGAACGAUUAAGAGCUUUAUCUAUAGGAGCUGCUGAAAAAAAAAAGUAUAAAACAGAUGAAAAACGGAAUACACCAAUUUUUGGUGGUAAUUCUCUUGUCAAUCGAGAAUGGGAAAUUGUUACAGUUGGAGAAAUGUGCCGAAGAUUAUCAAUAGAAGAUUCUUUACAAGAUCUUGAAAUGCCACUUCCUGAAGGUUCUACAUCAUCUCAAAUAUUGGACGAUUUCAUGAUUCGUCAAAUUGCUGAUAUACUUCCUCCUCGUGCAGAAGGUUACCCAUGGAUUAGUGUAUAUAGUAGUGAAAAACAUGGUUUUUCUCUUUCAACAUUCUAUCGAAAAAUGGCAGAAUUUGGUGAAGAAAUGUCACCAAUAUUAAUUAUUAUUCGUGAUACCAGAGGUCAUGUUUUUGGUGCUGUUGUUUCUACUCCCGUUUAUCCAUGUGAACAUUAUUAUGGUACAGGUGAUUCAUGUCUUCUUUUCCGUUUUACUGGAGAAUACCCACAUACAAGAGAACUUCGUCAUUUCACAUGGACGGGUGAUAAUCAAUUUUUUAUAAAUGCAACAAAAGAUUUUUUGAGUGUAGGAGCUGGACAAGGGCAUUAUGGUCUUUGGUUAGAUGCUGAUUUAAAUAAUGGGAUAAGUCAAAAAUGUCAAACAUUUGAUAAUGAAUUGUUAGCUGGUGGUGAGCAAGAAGAAUUUGUUGUUCAAUUUAUUGAAGCUUUUGGAUUUUCUAUGUGA